AUGCGCUACGACAACUGGGACGUCAUCCUCUUUCCCGAUGACUCGAACAUUCCCAUCCCAGAAUACCGGACCGCUUGUUACCUCUCCCGAGACGAAGAUGGCCACGAACUACCGACGCUGCGAACGUAUAUUGGAUCGCUGAAACCAGAGGCGCCAUUUCGUAUCUCCUUACAUCACUGGGGCCCGCCGAAGCCUUCCUCGUUCGUACAAGAGCUUCAACGAAGGGCUGGCAAGAAAAGCACCUUCACCGUUCAGGUUAUCAUUGGUGGCGUCAGGCUAUACCAUGGUAGCUUCGAGCUGAACAACACGUCGCCGCAGGAUAUUGCGUUUGAGCAGCGUUCGUUCAAGUCAUCCCGGACCAAAGAGCAACCUACCAGCCAAACAAAAAAACGUCUUUUGUUUCCACCAAAUGACAAGAGUGCACUAUUGCAGAACUCGGCAUGGCAACCGCGAGGAACAGACAACCGAAUCAAGAUCGUACUUUCAGAACAGCUCGUCAGCGGAUACGACUUACUUGACGAUGGCACCUGGGAUAUUGUCUGUUUCUCAUUCCAGCAUGCUCCGAGAGAAUUGCUGGAGCAGGCUGGCAUAGCGUACCCAAUUAUCGACCCUCUGCGCGCACUCAUGGCCGAGCGAGCCACAGCUGCGGCACAAUCUUUCCCUCGCAACCCUAUGGCUCGUGAGCUACAGCGAGGACCGCGCAUACACUCAGGAAAUUCGCCAGAGUCCGACUCCGAACCCAUCAGACCGGCGAACCCCGAACCGCACCAACAACCUCCAGACCGAAUGCCUUCGUUGCCACAAUACUCCCAACCGUUUAUGGGCCACCAGGGUGGUCACCCGACCAUCUGGUAUAAUACAUACGGCACUUCCGGUGAGCCUGACGACGGUAUGCGGCUGAGAUCAUUUCCGUCACAGCGGUACACAUCGAACACAUCCGGAUUGGAGGGCUUCUAUGACCCGUCAUUUCCAUCAUAUGCAGCACCACUGUGGGCAUCAAGCACUGCCUUGUCAGGGCAUUUCAUGAACCCGGUAGUCAACAGCAGACGACCAUGGAAAGACAACAAUGCGCAGCAAGUAAUGAUGGCUCUGCGAGACGAACAAUUUGGGCAGAUUCUGGAGGCCAUCAGUCCAUCGAAAGCUGAGCGCAGUAAGCCAAACGAUCUGCCUGCACAGAAUCAGUCUCAUCGUCCGCCCAAGAUGGGCGCUCUGUCUGUGCCAGUUCGACCGUCAUCAGCAGCAAUGCUUCGCACGUUUCCAGACGUGAAUGCCUCCUCGCGCAACCGAAGACCUUCUUCUGGUCAGGCAAACUUCGACAUGACCGCGCCAGUCAGGCAUCAUACCAAUAAGAAAGAGAAUCACGGUCCAAGGAUGCAUACGCCUGUUCCCUUUAUGCUUGCACCCCAGCGCUGGGACUCUGAUGUAUCAAUGAGGGACGGCUCAUCGAAUGCUUCCGGCCUAUCCAGGGCCGAAACUUUUCCACGAGGCGUCAGUAGCAAGAUUGGCUGCGCUCAUGCACCGUCAGCCAUCAAUCAGGUAAAGAGUCGCAAGGAAGGUCUUGUAAACGACACAAAUGACCUCGAACUUGACAUUCGUCACGACCAAAGCUUGCUUCCAAUCGUGAAUAAUUCCAAGACUGUCUCUGGCGACCUGGACCGUACUCCUCGCAACAAUCACGUCGAAGUUAUUGACGUGGACACAAUCGAUCCCACCUUCACCGCCAACCUGGCAAAGCUGUCACCGUUCAAACCUAGCCACAAGGCUGGUAUGUCAAGUGUCAGCAGCACAGGGCGUUUGGAGCGACAGCUGUACAGUGCACUGGGGGAGGAGCUCGGCAGUUUUGAGCAAAUGGAUGCCAAUGAGAUGGGUCCCGAGCUUGCAAAGGCGCUGUCUGGAGAUAGUCAAAGCGAUCUGAGUGGAAGCACCGCGCUCGACGCCACGAUUGACUUUGAGCCAAUGACUAAAAGGAAGCGACAAGGCACCCUUGGUGGUGAAAGAGAAAAGAGCCCCGCGAAGAAGAAGGAGAGGGCUCGGCAGGCGAUGGUUGAGAACGAGGAAGAGCACCUGCCUGACGAAAUGCAACGCUUGAGGGGAGAUUGA